AGCACGUGCUGCUGCCCCGCAGCGCGUACAUAUCGGACUUACUAGUCGACUACGGCACCGCGGCGCAGGUGGGGCAGUCGCGCGGGCAGCAGGUGGUCUGCAAGCUGCUGCUGCGCAAGCGCUGGUUCGACCGCGCCGAUGCUGACGUGGCGGAGCGCCAGUUCGUGCGCCUCUGCUACGUGCAGCUGCGCCGCGACUACAUGGAGAGCCGCUACCUCGUCACCGCGGAAGGCGCGGUGGUGUUAGCCGCACUCCAAAUCGCCGCGGAAAUUGGCGUCAUUCCCGACCCGCUGGACGCGCCCGAGUGGCUGGCGCUGAUGACUAAGUCCGUGCCGGCUAUUGUAUCGGGAGCCAUGAGUGAGGACGAGUGGGCCAAGCAGAUCGCCGCCCAGUACAAGACGCUGUGGUCUCUAGACCAUGAGGGCACGAUGCGUGAGUUCACGCGAAUCAUCCUCGACAGCCCGCACGGCGGGUCUGUGUUCUUCCCCCUCCGCCCACACCCGGACAUUGCCGCGUCCUUCCCCAAGCGGAUGGAAGUGGGAAUCAACCACAACGGGCUCCACUUCCUGAACCCGGAGGACCAUUCACUCGUGCUAGAGGCGGAGCUGAAGGACAUUGCAGAGUAUGCUGGCAAGCCCGGGCGAGUCUACUUCUCGCUGCUCAUGCGCAACCAGCUGUGCUCACUCGAAUUCGCCACCAAAGGGGGCGAGGAGAUCACUCAGCUGCUGGACCGUCACAUUGCCAAUGCUGUUCGGCAGGCAAUCCACUCCUUGCAUCCCCCUCCCUUGUACCACAGGGCGAGGAGACCACUCAGCUGCUGGACCGUCACAUUGCCAAUGCUGUUCGGCAGGCAAUCCACUCCUUGCAUCCCCCUCCCUUGUACCACAGGGCGAGGAGAUCACUCAGCUGCUGGACCGUCACAUUGCCAAUGCUGUUCGGCAGGCAAUCCACUCCUUGCAUCCCCCUCCCUUGUACCACAGGGCGAGGAGACCACUCAGCUGCUGGACCGUCACAUUGCCAAUGCUGUUCGGCAGGCAAUCCACUCCUUGCAUCCCCCUCCCUUGUACCACAGGGCGAGGAGAUCACUCAGCUGCUGGACCGUCACAUUGCCAAUGCUGUUCGGCAGGCAAUCCACUCCUUGCAUCCCCCUCCCUUGUACCACAGGGCGAGGAGAUCACUCAGCUGCUGGACCGUCACAUUGCCAAUGCUGUUCGGCAGGCAAUCCACUCCUUGCAUCCCCCUCCCUUGUACCACAGGGCGAGGAGAUCACUCAGCUGCUGGACCGUCACAUUGCAAAUGCCGUUCGGCAGGCAAGAGGCGAGCACGUGGGAGUGGAGAGCGAGAGCGGUAUCGGGGAAGAGGAGGAGAGGAGCAUGGGGAGGGGGGGGGCGGUGGAGAAGGGGAGGGUGAUGGUGAGGCAAGAGGGGCUGCUGAUGCCAUCUCUCCGCAUGUCACAGGGCGCGGCAGCAGCAGUUUCCCAUGGCUCUUCACGGCCACGUUACGCUUGA